AUGGAGCAUAUCGAAGAGCUCUUAGCUGGGAUAAGACUUCCGCCUACCAUGCAGGUCACCCAGAUCUUGCUAAAGCAGUGGCAGCAGGAAACCGAAAUCCUCGAGCAGCAAUGGCUGCAUGCAAAGACAAAACGUGCUUCCCUCGCGAAAAAGUUGCGCACAUAUGCUCUUCAGCAACGUCAGUCCAUGAUACUUGCUGCACAAAAGAGGGCAAACCGUCAGACGUCCCUCGGAAAUCUUCCCGACGAACUCCUUUGCACAAUAUUUGACUAUGCGACGUACCUUGUUCAUCCUUCUAUCCGCUCUUUGAUGCUCGUGUGCAAACGCUUUCAUCAGAUCAUUAUGGGAACGUCGACGCUCUGGACACGUAUCGAUCUAAUGUUUCCGGAGGAUCUAAUGGGCCCUCAUUUCCCUACCCAAUGCUAUAUUCAAGCGUGCUUGGAGCGCAGCAAGGAACGUCUGCUCGACAUUACAAUAAAACUUCCCUGCAAAUUGGACCCUACUACCUACCAAAUUGACCAGAUUGAGAAGAUAGUUGAGCCCAAGUUUGGAAGAACCGUCGCUGGCUAUGUCGCUGAAGCCCUUUACGAGUCUGAGUGGCAGACUGAUGACGGGCCUGUACAAGAAAGGGCUUCCUGCGUUCAUCGCCUGAUCGAGCUUCUUCUCGGAGUUGACCAAAAGCAAAUGAUGCGAUGGGAAUCGCUUAAAAUCACGCUUCCACAGGAAAUAUAUGGCCCUACUACUUUCUUCGACAAUCUGGGUGGCCCAACACCGAACCUGCGUCGUCUUGAGAUUCACAACUUGGAAUAUGCUGACACGUAUCUCAUUGAUGAGCCACCAUUUCACGACCUCUCUGGGUUACGCAUGAUGACAGUGGACUACCUCCCCUCCUACAUCGUCGAAAUACCAGGGCUCACUCACCUGGACACCGAAUACAGGAACGGAUGCAUGUUCUCUCAACUUGGUGCCUUUAAGCAACUUCAACAUCUCUAUGUACGACACGCCACCGACAAAUCAGACUUCAAGGGCUCCGUCACUCUUCCAUAUCUAUCCACCCUUCACAUACACGGGACAUGCGACCAAGUUUUAACUAUCCUCAAAGUCCCGCACCUAGAAAGGCUUCAUAUUAGCUCGGCGCAGACCAGUCUGAAACGACCACUCCCAUUUGUCCCUUGA